GCGUAAAACCCAGUGACGCGGCGCGAUGUGACCACGCCCUCCGAGAUCUGCAGUCACGUGGAGCCUUUAAACUGGCGCCAUUUUCUGUGCUGGUUCUAUUCUGUCGCAGUCAGCGUCGCGUUCUGCUCUCUUUCUUUGUGUCCGAGAAAAACAGGUGAUUCAACAUGUCUGAUGAGGGAAAGCUUUUCAUUGGUGGUCUGAGCUAUGAUACCACAGAGCAGUCCUUGGAGGAGGCAUUCUCCAAAUAUGGAUCAAUUGCCAAAGUUGAUGUCAUCAGGGACCGUGAGACCGACCGCUCCAGAGGCUUUGGCUUUGUUACGUUUGAAAAUCCAGAGGAUGCAAAGGAUGCCAUGGCUGCAAUGAAUGGAAAGUCUGUUGAUGGCCGCAUGAUUCGUGUUGAUGAAGCUGGCAAAUCUGGUAGACGGUCCGGUGGCUUCAGAGGAGGUUCUGGAGGUGGAAGGGGAUUCUUCAGGGGUGGCCGAGGUGGUGGAGGAUACGGUGGCGACAGGGGCUAUGGCGGAGGUGACCGAUCCUACAGUGGUGGCGAUAGAGGCUAUGGUGGAGGAGAGAGAAGCUAUGGUGGAGGUGACCGAUCCUACAGCAGCGGUGGUGGUGGUGGAUACUCCAACAGGAGUGGUGGAUACUCUGGUGGCAGCGGCGGUGGAUACAGGGAUAAUAGGUUUUAGGAGUCAGGGGGGAUAUGACCGUUCUGGCGGAUCCUACAGAGACAGCUAUGACAGUUAUGGUAUGUAUUGAUUGUUCAGAAUUACUAAUUUUACUACACAAUUGCAAAACUUUACAAUAAUGUCUAGACCUAAGCAGAGAGACAAAACUGCCAUUUUUCAACCUUAAGAGUUCUGUCUACUUGGUUUCCUUUAUCUUGGAAUUGCUGACCACAAUCCAAAAAGACAUUUUUACAAAAUUAGCGACUAAAGUCGGUUUUGUGCACUUGAUCAGAAUAGUCAAUAAGACCUUGUUCGAAAAGAAUCAUGUUAUGGUGUCACUUCACUGUUUGGAAAGGAUGUUCACAAUGCUCCAGUGCCUUUACACUUUUGCCUACUUCUUGUCCUCAGCUUCACACGAGUAAAAAAAAAAAAAAAUCCUGAUUGCAAGAUCAUCGCUUCGCUGGCUGUAUUUAAAAAGAUGCGCUCUUGGAAGACUUUUUUUUUUUUUUUAUUAUUAUUCUUUCUUUACGUUUUGUUCUGAUUCAAAUGUUCUAUUAAAGACUCCUUUUUUUACAAUGUCAAGUAUCCACAGGAUGUUCCUCUCAUUGAGGAGCUGCCUAUUAUCCAUGAGCAUUCAGUUACUGUAAGAGUUUCAAGUUCUGUGAGGCUACCUGUAUCUGCCAUUUUAUCUUGCGAUUGUUAUAGAUGCUCACAGAGGUUUGAAAUUGUCCUGUUUUUUUUGUUUUGUAUGUUUAAGAAACUGUCUCUGAAACCAUGCGUGAAAAUUGACCUGUCCAACACAGCCUGAUAGCUUCUAAAACCAAUUUCCUCAAAGAUCUUUGGACCAAUUUCUUAGUAUCGGCUCAUUGAAAGUGCUUGGGGGGGCAUUUGCAUUUAAACCAUUUUAAAACGGCAGUUUCGCCACAAGAAAAUAUUCUAAUCUGAUCCUCCAAUAGAAGCUUGAUAAGCUGUGAUGUAUUCUUUAUGGCUCUUUGCCAUCUCCAUUUUGUGAUGCAUUCCUUUAGUGAAGCAAGGCAGACAUGUUGCAUUGGAGUUGACUCCGGCAAACCUCCUUGAUAUUGCUAAAGAUUUGUAAAUAUUCAUCAUCCAAAGAGUAAACCACUUAAGUGGGUCAUUCCACCUCACUUUAGGACUGAAUGCCCAGGGUACUUUACUCUUUGUGCAGUCUAAAUUUAUUUUUUUAAAGUAUGCUCUGCUGUGGACUGAACUUAUCCUCUUAAAUGUCAAGAAUUUGUUCCUCCUUGGAAAGAAAUGUGCUCUGUUCUGUAUAUCAACACCUCCAGAAUCCCUUUUUUCUUUUUGUAUUAAUCUGGCUUCAUGAAGCCCAUUAAAAAAUGGUUGGAAAAUG